UAAUAUUUUUUUUUGUAGUUGUGGGUUUCCUCUGGAAAUGAUUGGAGGGUUGAGAUUGGCACUAGUGAGGCAUUACUCAGCAAGACAAGAUGGCGGCCACAUUAGAGGACAAAGCGAUAUGGGGAGAUGGCGAGGAAAUGGGAGAGGAAGUGCUGCGUAUGUCCACCGACGAAAUCGUAAGUCGGGCCCGGCUUUUAGACAACGAAAUAAAGAUCAUGAAAAGUGAGAUAAUGAGGAUAAGCCAUGAACAGCAAGCAAUGAAAGAGAAAAUUAAGGAAAAUUCUGAAAAAAUCAAAGUGAAUAAGACAUUACCUUACCUUGUGUCGAAUGUGAUUGAGCUAUUGGAUGUUGAUCCUCAAGACUAUGCAGAAGAAGAUGGUGCUAAUGUUGAUUUAGAUUCUCAACGCAAGGGCAAGUGUGCAGUCAUCAAGACUUCCACAAGACAGACAUAUUUUCUUCCUGUUAUUGGACUAGUGGAGCCUGAAAAUCUUACUCCUGGUGACCUGGUGGGUGUCAAUAAAGAUUCAUAUUUGAUAUUGGAAAAACUACCAGCAGAGUAUGACUCUCGUGUCAAAGCAAUGGAGGUUGACGAAAGGCCAACGGAGCAGUACAGUGAUAUUGGUGGUCUUGACCAACAAAUCCAGGAGCUUGUUGAGGCUAUUGUUCUCCCCAUGACUCACAAAGACCGGUUUGAGAACCUUGGUAUACACCCUCCAAAAGGUGUUUUGCUGUAUGGGCCGCCUGGUACAGGGAAGACACUUCUAGCUCGUGCUUGUGCUGCACAGACCAAGUCCACAUUUCUGAAGCUUGCUGGGCCACAACUUGUACAGAUGUUCAUUGGUGAUGGUGCUAAGCUGGUACGUGAUGCUUUUGCCCUGGCCAAAGAAAAGGCCCCUGCUAUCAUCUUCAUAGACGAACUAGAUGCUAUUGGAACUAAGAGGUUUGACAGUGAGAAGGCUGGCGACCGUGAGGUCCAGCGGACUAUGCUUGAACUACUCAACCAGCUGGAUGGCUUUAGCUCACAUCAUGACAUCAAGGUCAUAGCCGCCACCAAUAGGGUGGAUAUCCUUGACCCUGCCCUCCUCAGAUCAGGUCGUCUUGAUAGAAAGAUUGAGUUCCCUAACCCUGACCAGGAGGCACGAGCACGCAUCUUACAGAUCCACUCCAGGAAAAUGAAUGUCAGUGGUGACGUGAGACUCGCGUAACCACUGAUUAAUUUAUUCAUGUCCGUAGUGGUGACGUGAGACUCGUGUAACCACUGAUUAAUUCAUUCAUGUCCGUAGUGGUAACGUGAGACUCGCGUAACCACUGAUUAAUUUAUUCAUGUCCGUAGUGGUGACGUGAGACUCGCGUAACCACUGAUUAAUUUAUUCAUGUCCGUAGUGGUGACGUGAGACUCGUGUAACCACUGAUUUAUAUAUUUAUGUCCAUAGUGGUGACGCGAGACUCGCGUAACCACUGAUUAAUUAAUUCGUGCCUAUAGCGGUGACUCUAUUGGGUCAGUAAGCAGCUCUUACAAGCUGCAAUUUGAUUGAGCAAAUGAACAAUAUCCGCACCUCGACACAAAGAACGAGAAGAAGAACAAAGAUAAUAAGAGACAAGGCAGCUGCGUACUUAUUUACUCGAGUAACCAAUGAUUAAUUUAUUCAUGUCCAUAGUGGUGACGUGAACUUUGACGAGCUGUCCCGUUGUACUGAUGACUUCAAUGGCG